AUGGAAACUAAAAAAGUAAAAUUGACUGACUAUGACAUAAUGAACACUUUGGGUACUGGUUCGUUUGGGAGAGUGAGAUUGGCAAAACAAAAAUCAAAUAACAAAUAUGUAGCCUUAAAGAUGUUGAAAAAAAUUGAAAUAUUACGAUUGAAAUAGGUUGAUCAUAUCAUAAGUGAAUUUAAUAUUCUGAAGUAGGUGAAGCACCCAUUUCUGGUAAAUAUCACAAUAUACUAUGUAUUAGAUUGAGAUGAGUGGGUACACUCAAGAUGAACGACACAUAUAUUUUGUUUUAGAAUACAUAUAAGGAGGUGAAUUAUUCACUUACUUAAGAAAUGCUGGAACAGUACAAAAUGAAGAGGCUUAGUAAAUUAAUUUUUCACAAUAGAUUCUAUUCAGCCUAAGUUGUUUUAAUGUUUGAGUAUCUUCACACUAAGAAUAUAGUCUAUAGAGAUUUAAAGCCUGAAAAUCUUUUAGUUUAACCAGAUGGUUAUCUGAAAUUGACUGAUUUUGGUUUUGCUAAAGUAGUUGAAGAUAGAACCUAUACAUUAUGUGGAACACCUGAAUAUUUGGCACCUGAAAUCCUGUUGAAUAAAGGUAAUCCAGAAAUCUAAACAAAAUUUAAGGUCAUAGUAAACCAGUAGAUUGGUGGUGUUUAGGAAUCUUUUUGUAUGAGAUGCUUGCAGGUAUUUAUUUUAUUUUGAAUUCCAAAGGAAUUGACCCAUUUAAUGAUGAAGAUCCAAUGGCGAUAUAUUAGAAAAUAUUGAAGGGAAAAGUCAAAUUUCCUCGAAAUUUUGAUAAGUAAAAAAGGAAAUGAUAAUUAACUUUAGUGAAGCUAAAAGUUUAGUGAAGCAUUUAUUGGAAUAGGAUGUAACCAAGAGAUUUGGCAAUUUAAAGAACGGAGUAGAUGAUAUCAAACAACAUAAAUGGUAUGAAACUCUGAAUUGGAAGGAUUUGUUCACAAAAAAAAUAAAACCACAAUAUAUACCAGUUAUUUAGUAUGAAACAUUUAAUAUGUAGAUCUGAUUAUGAUACUUCUAAUUUUGCUACUUAUCCUGAUAGUACUGAAUUGCCAGAUGCUGUUAAAGCAUAAGAUGACCCUUUCAAAGAUUGGUGA